AUGUUUUCUGUGAGGAUAGUGACUACUGACCACUAUCAGGCUACCCCUGUUCCAGACCUUGAUGUGCUACAUUCUGACUUCAGGGGCUCAGAUGUGUUCAAAGUACCAGUCAUCCGAGUGUAUGGAGCAACGCCUGCAGGUCAAAAGACAUGUAUGCAUGUGCAUGGUGUGUUUCCGUAUCUCUAUGUGCCUUAUGACGGCACCCAACCCUGGGACAGGUACAUGCGACUAUUUGCCUCCAGUGUGGAUAAAGCUGUCAAUGUUGCCCAGGGUCAUCCAACUUCAAACAUACAACAUGUGUAUAAAAUAACCAUGGUGUCUGGAAUACCAAUGUAUGGUUACCAUGACAAGGAGCAACAGUUUCUUAAGAUUUACCUGUAUAAUCCAGGUAUUGUUAGAAAGGUUGCUGAUCUCCUGUUAGGAGGAGCAGUCAUGAAUCAGGUGUACCAGCCACAUGAGUCACAUAUUCCAUACACAUUACAGAUGUUCAUUGACUAUAACCUGUAUGGUAUGAAUCUAAUCAAUGUGGCAGCUGUUAAGUUCAGGAGGAGACGGAGGGAAGACGAUAAUGGUAACAUUAUGGAGAUAGAAAAUCAGGGAUCAGAUGGAAGUAACACUGGAACCCCUAGAUCCUUGUCUUUCAACCAAGAUGACAACCAGGGCACUGGUAUUUGGGAUGACACUACUAUCUCAAGUGAGCUGUGUUUAGACAUUGUGAGACAGAGUACAUGUGAACUUGAGGUGGAUGUUGUAGCUGCUGACAUUCUCAACAGACUGGAGGUUGAUGCCAAUGUUGGCACCAACCCUGGACUUGCAGCUUUGUGGGAAGACGAGAAGCAGAGGAGAAGGGAUAGAGGCGAGUCCUCACAACUGGCUCCCCCUGACUCUCAAGAGCAUCAAAAUGUUGAAAUAACAGUGAGUGAUAUGGAGCAGAGACAGAGAUUCCAUGAAAUGGUAUUGGAACUUCAACCUUAUAUGGACAGUCAAUCUGAUACAACAUCUGAAGCGUCUCAGGUUGAUGACCAAUCACAGACUGAUUUUAGCCCUACUCCUGCUUCUGAAGUGGACCUACACAUGUCACAGAUAGAUGAGAACCUGUCUAGCUCCCAGGACACUGUUGAUUUAUCUGAGGAGGAGGAGGAGGAAAGCGUUACCCCAGUGAUUAGUCUGGAGUCCAUCAAAAGAGUUGUGUCCUUCAGUCAAAGCUUUAGUGAGUCACCAGCAGAGAGCAUUCCAUCAUCUCAACCUCAGAGGUCAAGCCAGGUACUUGCGGAAAUGUUGGCGUCUCUUGCAGAGGAGAGUUCCCCAGUAUGUUCACAGGUAGCAGCUAGUCAGAUAGAGGCUCUAGAGGAAGAAGACAGUGUCCUUCAUAACACAACUCAGCAACCUGACAAUGAAGCUGAAGAAAUGUCUGAGGAUGCAGAGACACUCGAGAUGUCACAGAGAAUGUGGGGUGAAGAGGAUGAGCCUGCACAGGGACCAAGUGGUGUUGGUGAGGAAAACUUCAACUGGACUGGAAUGGAUGAUACUUGGAACGACUCUCAGUUGAAACAAACUGACAAGGAUGAGAAUGAUGAGGAAGUUGAAGAAAUGAUUCCACAAUUUGAUGGAGCGGCUGAUGAAAGGCCAUCCAAAUCCAAGGCAAAAAAGAGUCUGGCAGUGUCUGGUUCUUCCAUGUCUUCCUUCAACACGAUGGGACAACAACAGGGUCAAGGCCAUCAACCAUAUCAGCAGAACCAAGUUCAAUAUCAAAACCAGUCCCAACAGAUGAUGUAUACAGACAACUCUCAAUUUAUGUAUGGAAAUCAAGGAAACUCGCCCAUGCAGUAUAAUCAGGGCUACCAACAACAGCAUGGAUACAAUUGUAACUAUGGUAUGGAUGGCAUUGAUAACAACUAUGGAAAUCAUGGUUCUGAUAACUAUGACAACAGUGGCUGGGGUCAAAACUUUCAACAACCACAGGAAAUAUCACCCCAGCAGAACAACAUGUCCAUGUCAUGGGGUCAGGGAAACCAAGGCUGGGGAGGGGACAACUCAAUGCCCCUGCCUAGUCCAGUACAGCAUGUCCCUAGAGGGGAGCUCCAGUCCACAACAGACACUGUUCUAUCACCACUAGAAACACUUCAGACAGUAAAGAUGCCUCGAGAGCCGGUGACCUCUCCAGUGCUCCACUCACCUCAUUCUUCCCAUCAGUCACCACUGUCCACACAACAGUCGCCCACACUCCAAUCACCUUCCACUUCCAUUCAUUCCUCCAUGCCCUCACCACAAGCUCUCACAACAAUGCAGCCAAUGCAGCCCCUUCAAUCCCCAACUGCAACUUCAAUCGGCUCCCAGUUGGACACGAGUGAAAGGGGUCCUCAAAUCACACCCAUGCAACCCGCUCAAAUGUGUAUGGGUGACUACUCUAAUGCUGAGAGUCAAGGCUAUAACAACUAUAACCAGAACUACUAUGGCAACCAGUCAGGUGGUGACUACAACCCGGGCACAUACAUGAACCAGUAUAAUCAGGUCAGAGAUCAACAGGGCAGAGGACAAAUACCACAACAGAACUUCACUCAAAGUAGCUAUCAAUACAACCAAUACCAGGGUAACCAACAACAAAUGCAGUUGAAUCCAAACCAACAACAAUGGCCUCAGCAGUUCUUUGGAAAUCAGGCACCAAUACAAGGGAAAGCCCAGGGUAGGAAAAAGGGCACACAGAAUGCUAGUGGGAAGUGGGCCAAUGCUGGUAAAAGUGCAGCAAAGAGAUGCAGGAAAACUAAGAAAUCACAAGCGAUGACUGGUUCAAGUCAGGUCAGUCCAGGAUCACUUCAGUCAAAUAAUAAUGUCCCAGUCAGUGUUUCAACCAAUAAAAGUCGAGCUAAAAUGUCGAAAGAUGAACAAACUACUAAACCUCAGAGUACUCUAGAAAGACUUUUGCUAGGGGAUGAGGAUGAAGACUGCUCAAAUCAAACAGAGCCUGUACAAAGGAGUGUAAGUCGAUGUUCAAACUUAUCCACAGCUUCAUCACGUACUUCUGUUGGACCAACAACACCAGUCAUGCCUUCACCUAACAUGGGCCCUAUCACCUCACCUCUAUCACCAUAUGAUGUUAAAGGCCAGCCCCAGAAGGUAUCUGAUUUACUCUCUCAGAUGAAGCCUUCUAGUCAAGUAUUAGAAAAACAGUCAUCCAUGGGGGACAGCAUCUUAGAUUCUAGUCAGUUGUCAAAUUCAUCUCUUCUUGGUAGUCAGGAAGACCUAUUUAUGGAUAAAUUAUCUAAGUCACAGUCAUCAGUGUUAUCUUCUCCUGUUCAGGACACGCCCACUAAUCAUUCAUUUUCCAGACCAUCUUCUCAGACAUCACAGAGUCCAAAACUUGACUGUUCAAGUAAUUUUCAGGGAUCUGCUGUAGCUGCAGGAAACCAACAACAAGGAAAGAAUUCUGACACAUUUUCUUGUCUUCAAAGUCUUCAAAGUCUGGUGUCCAGUGUUAACAAAGACCCCCACUAUGGUGUCAAUGUUCAACAGGAGAGGCAGUUGGGAAAUUACCAAUCCCCAUGUCAAGGUCAACCAUCUCAAAUUCAUCCACCACAAGGUCAAUCGCCAGAAAGUCACAAGUCACAAUCACAAGUUCAUGCACCUCAAUGUCAUCAGCCUCAAAGUCAUCUAUCUCAAGGUCAUCAAGCAUUAGGUCAGCACCAAGGUCAACCAAUUCAUCAAAGCCAUCCACAAACACAAAGUCAUCAAAGUCAUUCUGCUCAUCCUGAUCCUCAUAGCAAAAUGGGAUAUCAGCAGUUUUCUCCUCAGUUUAAACCAAUGUGGAGUGAUUCUCAGUCUAACUUGAACACAUAUCCUCAACAGUCCCAUAAUUCAAGUCAUCAACAGUUCCAACCAUACUGGAAUCUUCAAGACAGGAGUCCAGUUUCCCAAGGUAACUACCCACCUGUGAGUAAUACUUCAACAUAUGGUACAAGGGAAUAUAACACACCAACUCAUGGUUCUAUGAAGUUUCCAAUGAGACAUCCAACAUCAGCACAUUGUAUGGGAACAGGGGUACCAACGGGAAGGAUUUCUCCAAAACUUGGGAGGUCCUUGUCUGUCAUUAAGAAGCGUGGAAGACCAAGAAAGUAUGAUUCACCAUCCAAUGCACAGAAUCAACAGUAUCCACUUACUCCCCAAAGUCCAACAACACCUUCACAGCCAAGAAGUAGGUCCAACUCUGUGGCAGACAAGAUUUCUAUUGGGAAAUCAUCGGGUUCAAAUGCUUCAUAUACAUUUUCAUUUCAAGUUCCAACUCCAGUAUUUAAACGUUUGAAAUUCCACAAGAAAAGACCUCUGGACAAUCCUAACACGGUUAAAUUUGUCAGAAUGCACCCAAUGGAUGCAAGACGAUAUAGUUUGUUGAAAAUUGGACGUGAAAUUGUAAAAGCACAGAAUUUAUCAACUAUAGAUAUAGAGAAAGCUGUGAAACGUAUUCGUACACAAACUCCCUCAACAUGUGUUCGAAAACAAGCUGCAUAUUCAGAUACAGGUAAGCAGACAUUUUCUUGUAACCAGAAGAAUGGUCCAACAGGCAUGUCAAACAUACAUCAUCCACGCAAUACUCUUGCUCAAGAUCUAUUUGGAGUUGUACCAGAACCGAGGUUUUCUGAUGAUUCAGGCUCCAGUCAGCCAUAUCAACAACCAAAUGUGAUAUCAUCCAUGGAUUCUUCCUCAGGAAUACAUGAAAAUUAUAUUAAAAAAGAAAAUCAUGUGAGAGAGAUCCAGACUGAAUCUGGGGUAAGUCCACAAAAAAAGUUAUUGAAAGCAAAGUUAUCUGAGAACAUUAGCAAUUUGCACCUGAAGAAGAUGUUGCAUGAACGUAUGGCCAUGAAGGAUUCAAACAGAUCAGGAAGCUGUGCAGGCAUACAAAAUUUCACUGAUGGAUAUAAAGGUCACCCGCAACCUAUGCUUCAUAACAUGGAAAGGGGAAACAUGUCUAGCCUGCCAAAUUAUGAGGAUGUUCAGGGACAAAAUUCUUCUUUAUCACAAAGAGCUAACAUAAAAUUGUGCAAUUGUGAUAAGGGUAAAUGCAUGUGCCCUGAAAAACAGGAUUGUAUUGCUCAAAACCAUCAGAUAUGUAAUGUAAAAAGGAGGGAAUUCAAACAUGAAAGUGAUGUGAAAAAUGGAAUGGGGGAAAGACCUCCCAUUCAAGGUUUGAAAGGCAGAUCACAGACACAACAGAAUAGUUUUCUCAGUCAGUUCCAGAAUUUUUUGAGUAGAGGCUACAGUUCUUUUGAUUCUGAUACAGGGAAAUCAAGAGAAAAAAAAUCAUCAGAUGAGGAAAAACAAAAUGGGAAACAGGAUAAUUCAAGUGAGAAUGAUUUUCGAAAUUCUCCUGAUUCUCAUUCUACUACAAACCAUAAAGAUGAUAAAGAAUAUGAUUCUGCUCCAAAAAAUGGAUUUCCUGGAAAUAAUGGUAGACAUGUGACUGGUGAAAUAGCAGCAGAUUACAUGUCAGGCAAUGAUAAUCAAAGAGUUCAUGGGUCAGAUGGACAGAUGUCAGAAGGUUACACACAUCAGGGUCAAAGUUCUGAAGGAAACACAUUAAGAAAUCAUACAUCUGAAAAUCAGAUGUCUGGAAGUUAUGGGGCAGAUGGUCAUAUAUCUGAAAGACCUAAGAGUGGUCAUAUACCUCAACAUCAUAUGCAAGUUGAUUGUAUGCAGGGCAAAAUGUUGAAUCAAAUGCCAAGAGGUCAUACAUCAUCAGGUCAUUUGCCAGGAUUUAUGGUACGAGGUCAUGAGCCAAGGACAAUACCUCAAGGUCAUGUGCCAGGGAUUGAAACACCACGGGAAUACUUGCCUAAAAGUCGAAUGCCUGGGGUUCAUGAGACAAGAGAUCACAUACCAUUACGAGUAAAUGAUGGUGAACCAGUAGGAGAUGACAGCGUUCGAGAGAAUGAGUUGAAUAGUGACCACAGAGAUGGAACCUUGAACAACAUACCAAAGUCUGUACACAGUUCCUCUGAAAAUUCAGUACAUUCAACUGAGAUUAAGAGAAAUGAAAAUCAAAACACCGGUAAUUUUUUAGGGCUUAGUGACCAGGGGGGCUGUCCCUCUGGUCACAAAACUACAUUGCCUGGAAAGAAAGAUUUUAAUAGAGCCAACCAUUCUGGCAUGACACCAAAAACUGGAGUCCGUGAAUAUUCCCACACUAGGAACAUAUUUGAAAAACUUUUGAAUUCAAAAAUUUUGGAUGACAACAUUGAAAUGCCUGGAGGUGAUUUUGGACCAGAACAGAAAAGAGACAAGUCACAAGGUAUAAAUAUUAAUCAUCAUGUGACAAAAGUUUCACAUUCCAAAGUCCUUCCACAAAACAACAAUCAACAGAAUGCAUCACCAACUAUAGCAUGCUCAUAUGGAAGUAUACAUAAUGCUAAUUUUAGUAACAUUAUUGAACAAGUUCUUAUGACAUCAGUCUUGAAGGACAAGCUCGAUGAUAAACUUGACAAAAAAAUGUUCCAAAGAGAUAGAGUUGAUGGAGGUUGUUUAGUAUCAGCGGCUGUACCCUCUGUGGGUAUACACACUAAUGAAGGACUUCAGGAUAUAAGGUUCAAUGACAAAGGUCUCAAGGUCAUCCGACGAAGGAAUCUCUCCACAAAGAGGCGAUUCAAAAUCACAGCUAAUGGACACAUCCAUAAUGUGCCUCCUGUUGUAGACCCUGAUAGAGAGGAAAUCCAGAAUGUGAUACUAAAGGAUGUCAACUUGACAGAAGCAUCGAAUGGAGUCCUAACUCCCAUUACCAGCCAGACACCUGUAGCUGGUAGGAGUCCAAUUCGUCACAACUGUAAUGGGUUUGGCAUGGAAAACUACAAACUGUUUGAUUCAGAUAUCAUAUGUAGUCGGAAUGAACUGGAAGCCAAGUUGAGAACACUAAAAAAUGAGUUAGAACACCAACCUAAUCAGUCUGUAAAAAAUUACUGUCUGUCAGAGAAAGACAUCACCUGUCAAAGUCGAAUGGAAUCCCCCAUUUCAGCAUCAUGGUCAGAGCUGUCAUCAAGGACAACUUCCAGAAAGGAUUCUUCAGAAAGUUCAUUGAGUACUUCAGACAUUUCUAAAACAAAGGUCAAACCACGAAAAAGGAAACUUUCCAGUUUGGCAAGAGGUGAAAAACAAAGUUAUCGACUUGAAUCUAGGGGAAUGGAAAACUCUGGGAGUGAUGUUGAUUACACAUUUGAGAAGGAAAAUAAAGAGUUAAAAAGAACAAAACGUAAAAAGAAAAAAAAAGAGGUUGCUGGAAUAGACUACAUUGUUAUUGGAAGAUUCAAAGGUCAUCGUAAAAUGGCAGUGUGUCUAGAAAGAUUGGAGAUUGGUCAAGAUGAAAGUGUAAAUGUGAAAGACUUUUUGGUGACACAACCAAAAUGUCAGAAGUAUUCUUACAACAACAGACUUUCAAUUUCAUCCUGUGGAAGAGAACAGGGCUUAUAUGAUGAUGAUGAUUCAUCGGGAUCUCAAGAUAGCAGAAAGUGUAAGAACGAGAGUUCAGAAGAUUCGUCUAAUCACUCAUCUUGUCAGUCAUCUCCUGAAAAAAAAAGUCAUUUAAGAGCAGAAAUCUGUGAUGAUUGGUCAAAUGACAGUAAAGAACAGCAAGCUGACAUUGAUUCAGAUGAUCCCAAAUCUUUAUCUAAAAGUAACAGGAAGAAAAAGAAGCUAACCAGAAACCAAAAGCUUCAGAUAGCCUUUCUAAGCAAAAAAUCUCGCCGCAAAAAAGCACCCAGUAGUGGAAAAUUGAUGAACAGUCUGUCAUUACUCCAUGAAGCAACAAUAGCAAAUCUGAAUGACACCAGACUUUCUUACAAUGAAAACACUGAAGAUUUCAAGGUCAGAUAUGAAGAUGCUAUGUUCAAGAUGUCUUUUAUUUCAUCUUCUGAUUCAGAAAAGGGUAAUAUCUCACCUCCUCUUCCAUUGACCCCUGAGGAGCUAGCACGGGAUCAUCAAGGCCUGACAAGGUCCACAUCUGAGGCGCAGAGCCCUGUCUUGCCUGUUAGUGAUAACAGUCAGUCACCUGUCUACUCUUCAAUGCAGAGUACAAUGCGGAUUAACUCUUCAGGGAGUGAUAUAUCUCCAGUUUAUCAGCCACUGAUGAACCAAGUUACCAUGUGUGAUGCUGACUUUAAACCAUUCUCAUCGGUGUUUCUGAGAAGUCCUUCCUCACAAACUCCUGCAUAUGGCCUUGGUCAGGAAAGAACGACCAGAUCUCCUGUAGAUUUCAACUUGGGUGAUAGCAAAGAUUCAGAUGAGUCACAGAAUUCAAACAUGGUUAAAAGCUAUACAAAGACAAAAAAAUUAAAGGAAGCAGUUGUCAGAUUAACACCAUUAUCAUCAGCAGACAUUGAGAACUUUUGUGGGAAGUCUAGUGAAGAAAUUCCUGCAAAUCUGGAGAGAGUUAGUUCUCCAGUAUAUGAGAAACAAAUCUCAGUGUCUUCAAGUGAAGGAUCCAACUCACCACCAGACCUAGGACCUCCAAACAUACCUAAAUAUCCGAAGACUGGUAAUAUUACAGAGGAAUCCAGAUCCCCACCUCUUCUCAUGUCGACUACCUCACCGGACACACUUCAGAUGAUCAGAACACCCCAAGGUCACAUGGGUUUUGGUUUGUAUGAGCAUAAAUCCCCGGUAAGUAGCUGCAGUAAUGGGUCGCUCAAUGUGGUCCACAGUGAUCGAUUUAGUGACAUCAGUGAUGAUGAAGAGGAUCUGCAUUUGCAAUUGGAAGUAAAUGAUGAUGAACUUGAUACUCACCUUACUAGUAAUAGUGAAGAAGAGCGGGCCACCUCAUCACCUUGGAUUCCAGACAAAAUAAAGAGUGUAGGUGUGCCUUCCUUGUCUGGAUCAGGAUCAGAUGGGGAUAUGCCAUCCCUCAUCAAAGAAAGGAUCAGCAUUGAAAGUGACAAUAGCAUCUUUGUAGAUAGUAUGGCAAGGAAAUGUGUUGGAGACAACAGAACCAAUUCAACACAAUAUUCAGAUAGCCCUCUGAACAAUUCCAAUUCAAGUCAACCAUUAGGAGCUAGUUUUACGUGUUAUGAAAAUAGGAACAUGGACAACAAUUCAAAGGAAUCCAAUCCUACUGAAGAGUAUGGAAGAAAUUUUAAUGAUGGGAGAUGUCUGAAAGUGAUAACUCCAGAUAUAUUACCACCCAGUCGAAAAAUGGUGCAGAAUACCGCCACUAGUUAUGGAUUGAAUUCGGCAGAGAUUGUAGGUGCCUACUGCAGUAAUCCAGAGGAUUUACCAGAGCGACCAAGGGAACUGGGUGGGCGAGUAUUAGAAGUUCAGUCUACCAGGGUAAAAGAUUAUGAUGAUUUUAUCAGUAAUACAGACUGUGCUGGGCUACUAACUUGGAGGAGCAGAAUGAUGUCAGUGGAUCAGAUCAUUCUAAGUCAGUCUGAAAAUGAAACACUAAUGAAUAGAAUGGAAAAGGAGCCACAACUCCGCUUUGCUCUUCUAGGCGAUAAAUCUUUUAUUAUCUCCCCUUGUAAUCCACCCCCAAGUACAGAGCUUGUUAAAAGAUGGGCUAAUGGAAGGAAAAUUUUAAAGGAUAUGAAGAAUAAAAAGAAACAACAUAUAAUUGAUGUAGACAAAAAUAUUAAUAGAAAAAACAAUUCUGAAAAAAGGGAAGAUUCUGAUAUUGGAAAUUCUGGACAUCAACUAGAUAAAACAUUAAUGUAUGAAAAUGACAAAAUUAAUCGGUCAGAUGUGAUGGACAUUAGCGAUCAACACAGCUGUUUAUUGAGUGGAGACGUACAUGAGGAUAGCACAGUUAAUGAAAGCAGUAAGGACCGCAAACUCCUGGACAUUCCACGGACACUGUUUUUGGAAGGAGAUAGCUCUGAUAGUGAUAAUGAAGUAAUCGGCCCUUCUCCUCCUUCAGAAUUAAGGUUUUCCAAAUUCUCACGGUCCAGGAUCACAAGUUCCCAGAAUACACCUUUGGUGAGCCACAGUAUACAUGUUACUCCAAAUACAGAGUCUGAUGUUUUAAGAGACAAACUUGGUCACUCACCUGUGACGCCUGCCACUGUUAUAGUAGGCUCGCCUGUGAUGCCCAGUAAUAUGUCGGGGGUGAAAAGUGAUGUAAAGACACCUAUAUAUGGCAGACAAAUAUCAAAUCUAUAUAACUCAGCAUUCACACCAGUUAUGUCGGGAAGAAAACCUAGUGCUACAAGUACUCCGAGUCAUGAUGACAAAUUGCAAGUUGUUGGCAUAGGUAACAAGAGUCCAGGUAUAUUUGCUACACCAAAAAGAGUGCCACUACCCCGAAGACUGUCAUCCAACACACAGAAGUCACUGCAAGAGGCUCUUCGGUUAUCUCAAUUGCAGCAAUUUGCUACUCCUCGGGACCAGAAAGGUCACACCUCACAGAUAGAUGGUCCCACACCACAAAACUCGUUUGGCUUCAAGAUCAGCCAGGACAACCUGCAAGAAGCCAAAGCAUUGCAUGAGGUACAGAACCUAACAGUCCUAAGUCUUGAACUCCAUGCAGAGACCAGAGGUGACCUUCGACCUGACCCUGAAGUUGAUGCUAUUAAAGCUGUAUUCUAUUCCAUCUCUAAUGACGUGAACCCAGCCAAAGGCAAGACACAAGUCACUGGGGUCAUCAUUGUGGAUUUGGUCUCAGCAGAUGCAGAAAUGGCACUGAAAGAGAGACAAAAGAAAAGAAAUGACUCACAAACCCCAUCUCCUUUAUCUAUACCAUCAGGAUCCAACUUGGCAAGAUCAAGGUCACCUCAGCCCUGCAGUUCUAGAUUGAGGUCACCAAAAGCAUCUACUUCAAGGUCAAAAUCACCUUUGUCAUCCUCAAGUCAAUCACCCCAACCUUCAACUUCAAAAUGUAGGAGUCCAUCACCAAAACCUUCAACUCUAAGAGGAAGGCGGGCUAAGGCCAAGGGAGCUGUCACCCCACCACCUCGUCGUUAUGAUAGUACAGAAGAUAUACCUAGCACAUUCUUACAGCGAUCAGGAAUCGCCCUUGAUGACCUUCAGGUGACCUAUGUUAGGGAUGAGGAAGAGUUGUAUCAUGUAUUCUUAGAGGAUCCUAUUGCAAAGUGGGACCCUGAUAUUCUCGUGGGAUAUGAGAUACAGAACUUUUCCUGGGGAUAUCUGCUACAAAGAGCUUCCCACCUCAGCAUUCCUCUGUGUUCCAAACUAUCCAGAGUGCCGGAGGAGAAAACAGGAAGUCACUUCAGUGCCACCAAAGAUGAAUACGGGGCUGACCAUAUGUCAGAGAUUCAUAUUGUUGGACGGAUUGUACUCAACCUGUGGCGGUUACUGCGACAUGAGAUAACCCUGAACAUUUAUUCCUUUGAGAAUGUUUGUUAUCACGUCCUUCAUCAGCGCGUGCCUCAGUUUUCACUUAGGACCUUGUCUAACUGGUUCAACCACAGAACUCACCUGUACAGAUGGAGGUUGAUAGAAUACUACAUCACGCGUGUGAAGGGCAACCUACAGGUGAUUGACCAGCUGGAUCUGAUUGGCCGUACCAGCGAAUUUGCCCGCGUGUUUGGUAUAGAGUUCUACCAUGUCUUGUCUCGUGGGUCUCAGUAUCGUGUGGAGUCAAUGAUGCUGCGCUUGGCCAAGCCUCUGAAUUACAUCCCUGUGUCCCCAAGUGUCCACCAGAGGGCACGAAUGAGGGCUCCAGAGUGUAUUGCACUGACUCUGGAGCCGGAGUCACGUUUCUAUGCUGACCCAGUGGUAGUAGUAGACUUUCAGUCACUCUAUCCUUCCAUCAUGAUUGCACACAACUACUGCUUCUCAACAUGUCUAGGACGCCUCAGAUGGCUUGACAAGGCACAUGAAGGACCUAUUGAGUUUGGUUGUACCCAUCUGAAAGUUCCCCCAUCAGUUCUGAAGAAACUGGAGAAUGACAUCACAGUGUCUCCCAAUGGUGUGGUGUUUGUCCAGCAACAUAUCAGAAAGGGGGUGAUCUCGGCUAUGGUAGAGGAAAUCCUAAACACCAGGUUGAUGGUGAAGAAAGCCAUGAAGACGUACAGGAAGGACAAGGCACUGAGUAAGCUGCUAGAUGCCAGACAAAUGGGCCUUAAACUCAUUGCUAAUGUUACCUAUGGAUAUACAGGUGCCAACUUCUCAGGAAGAAUGCCUUGCAUUGAGGUUGGUGAUAGUAUUGUAAGGAAAGCCCGAGAAACCUUGGAGAGGGCCAUCAAGUUGGUAGAGGACACACCUCGAUGGGGAGCUAGGGUUGUCUAUGGCGACACUGACAGUAUGUUUAUUGAGCUGAAGGGCCGCAGCAAGGAGGAAGCAUUUAAGAUUGGUUAUGAGAUUUGUGACGCAGUGACCGCAGCUAAUCCGAAACCAAUGAAGCUUAAAUUUGAGAAGGUUUAUCUCCCUUGCAUCCUGCAAAGUAAGAAGCGUUAUGUCGGAUUUAGUUAUGAGACCCCAGAGCAAAAGGAGCCUGUAUUUGAUGCCAAAGGAAUAGAGACUGUCAGGAGAGAUGCUUGUCCAGCUGUAGCUAAGAUUCUUGAGCGCACAAUCAAAACACUGUUUACCACACGUGAUGUGUCCCAGGCAAAGCAAUACGUCCAAACACAAUGCCGUAAGCUGAUGGAAGGCAAGGUCAGUCUACAGGAUCUUGUCUUUGCUAAAGAGUAUCGUGGUAUGGCUGGCUACAAACCAGGGGCCUGUGUGCCAGCUUUAGAGAUUUCUAAGAAAUGCCUGCAGCAUGAUCGUCGUAGUGAACCUAGAGUAGGUGAACGUGUGCCAUAUGUCAUCGUAUAUGGUAGUCCAGGUCUUCCACUUAUACAACUGGUCAGAGCUCCAGCAGAUCUUCUCACUGACCCCUCUCUCAGACUCAACGCUACCUACUAUAUAACCAAACAGAUCCUGCCUCCUCUGGAUCGUAUCUUCUCUCUGAUGGGUGUUAAUGUCUUCUCCUGGUACAAUGAGAUGCCGAAGGUGACAAGAAUUGUACCUCAAACAGCACUGGCACCAGACAGCAAGAAGGGCACAAUUUCCCAGUUUUUCUCUGUGAUAAACUGUCCUGUGUGUGAUGAACAAACUAAUCAGGAUAUAUGCAACAUAUGUGCCAGGGAUCCCCAGAAGGUGGCCAUCACACUCAACAAUAGAAUCCGGGAGUGGGACCAGGUGUAUGCAAAUCUCACCAAGAUUUGUAACAAUUGUAUGAGUGUUCAGGAUGGCAAUCAACCUUGUAUUUCAAUGGAUUGUCCAAUACUCUUCAGGCGGCGGACAGCUAAAUUGGACAUCAUGAAAGGGGAACAACUACGAUGCAUAGCUAUCAAAGUUUUAGACUUCUAGACCACUACAUUUCAGGUUAUAGAUAACUGCACUGGCUAUCGUACAGUAUAACCAUUCUGGAUAUGUAACUGUCAAAUUUCUGGAUGUCUAUUCCAGAUAUGUGCUGAGAAUCAAGAGCAGAAAUACAUUUAGUUAUAGAAAUUUGCGCUAUUAAUGUAAAUCUGUAAAUUGUGUGAAAGGACCAGGUUGAGAAAACAGAACUCGUCUCCUGCCUACUGGAUAUGAUGAUAUUUUCUGGUAAUAAACAUGUCAAGUGAGAGAAAAUGUACCAAAGAUCAUAAAAAUCAUCUUCUUCCAACUGGAAAUGAUAAUCCUCAUACAAGCAAAUUAUUUUGCUGAUUUGAUGAAACUUAAAAUCAAAACCUGACUUUAGAAUUGGAGUUCUUAUAACACAACCUGUAGAAGAAUUGUAUGUGAGAUUUUGAUGACUACACAGUCACCUUCAUCAGACAAAUGACCAGUGUGGAGGGUACUAGAAGUGACAUAGGUAGUGUAAAAGAUGGUAAGGAAUUGACCUAGGACACUAAGAAGGUGAAUAGUAGGGCAACCAGUUGGUAAACAGAUUAUAGACCAAAUAAUACAGUAGAUGGUAGCAAUGUACUGUGGUCAAUUUGGCUACACAUUGAAAUGUCACACUCAAAACUUCUUCUGAUUGUGUUAUAAUAACUCCAAUUCUACAAGCAUAACCAAGUUGAAGAAAAUGUUCAGAAAAACCUUUCUUUUUCAUUGUACAUUACCAUUGUGACGUACACCAUAAAGUAUAAUGCAUGUAUUGUAUACUAUUCAAGUUGACAAACCUUGAGAAUAUAAGUUACACAACAAUACUUAAUUAUUAAUCCUACAUCCUGUUUACCGAUUGAAAAUCUCAUUAUAUAAGGCUGUGUGCUCAAUAUUGAUGACAAUCAACAAUUACAGCGUUUUGAGCUACUCAUAGCCAUUGACUUUAUUAAAAAAGAAUUUAAAUGAUCUUUUUAAAAUGAAAUAUCAACAUGUUAUUGAUGUUAAUAGUGUGAUUUUUUUCCAGCAGAUCAAAUUACCUAUGUAACAGCUGUUCACGUUAGGUCACCAAUGCAAAAGUUAUUCCUGAAUUUUUUUUUCAAAAAUGUUAAAAAACUAUUGGUAUUGAAAUAAAUAGACUCCACAAAAGUCAUACUUCAUUACUUGUACUUCUUAUAACUUCCCCUACACCAUCUAAUACCACAACAUCCUAACUCUUAAAAUCCCUUAUUAUUGAACUCACAAAACUUAACAUUUUAUUUCUCUAUACCCAUUUGACUGAUCACAGAUCAAGUUUGUAACCCUUCAUUGUAACAGUCUCUACCCAGAAGGCAAGAUCAUCAAUACAUGUAGUCCUGAAUUAAUAUUUAUCAGAUAGAUAAAAUUCUCAGGGUUUAUAGUUUGCAGGCUUAUUUAUAAGACCAUUGCUGGAGUAAAAUGACACCUUAAUAGUCAUUAACAUAGUCUUCAUUACCAUCAAUAUAAAGAUUUGAACGUUGAAUGAUUCUGAAAUUCCAUGCAUGAAAAUGUUGUUUUCAACUUGUGACCUACCAUUAAGAUAUUCCCUAUAUCAGUUUUGCCAGCAUCAUUGACUCACUAAUUGUUGGCCUCCUCCCUUCAACACCUGCUCAAUGUGUGCUUUAGAAAACCUGAUGUAUGAGAGAUAUUUUACCAGUGUAUUAUGUCAGCUGGAUGUUUUGUACCUAUAUCGUAUACUAUGAAGGAAUGAUUCUAAAGGAUGUAGCAGUGAAUCUGGCCAUAUCAUACAUGUUUUUAUUGAGUUGAUGUAUAUUGGUUUAUCAAAACUAAGGCAGCUAUCUAAUUUGUUGAUGUAUAUUGUGUAUAUAUGUGUAAGAUUACUGAAGUCAUAUAGAAGAAAUACCUGUUUAUAAAUUUGAACCUGUUGACUGUAUGAUGAGCAGUCAGUUAGUAGAGACAAAUAUAAAAUUAAUAUGUGUAAUUGUGUUAUUAUGAGGAACAGAUGCUGUAAUGUGUGGUGUUAUGAGGAACAGAUGCUGUAAUGUGUGGUGUUAUGAGGAACAGAUGCUGUAAUGUGUAAUGUUAUGAGGAACAGAUGCUGUAAUAUGUGAUUUUAUGAGGAACAGAUGCUGUAAUGUGUGGUUUUAUUAGAAACAGAUGUUGUAAUGUGUGGUGUUAUGAGGAACAGAUGCUGUAAUGUGUGGUUUUAUUAGGAAUAGAUGAGGAACAGAUGCUGUAAUAUGUGGUGGUAGUCCAUUGUUGUGAUAGGUUAAUACUGACCACGUAGUAUGUGAGUGUAAAUAAGGAAAUGAUAGAACUUAUCCUGUACAGUAAGUGUUUGUCUAGACCACUCAUAGACGUUGCUGAUCCUAUAAAUAUGUUUGAAGAGAAGAAAUAUUGUUCUAAUUCAGUUAUUAUAUGUGCUGGAUGCUAUGAUUAUGUUUUAGUGAAUAUGUUUAAAAAGGAUACUGGGUUAUCUCCAUAUGAAGUUAAUUCUGAAUAAAAGUACAGAUACUUUCAUCAACAUUGUCAAAGGAUAGGUUGUUAAAUGUACAACAGAACAACUUAAAAGUGUAGGUAGGUGACAAUAUCUUGAUCCUGAUGUCCCGACGUGUAGUUGUGAUGUGAUGCUGGUAAUGUAAUCUCCUGAACCUACUACUGCAAGGUGCCAUUAUAUAGUGUUCACACAAAGAUGGCAGGGUUUUUUUCAUCAUUAUAUUUUUACAACGAACGAUUUGUCUUUCUGAUGUUUUAUUUUUUUUGACUGAUCUCCAGUUACAUAGUUUCUAUUUUUUGUUUUUUACUUCAUUAUUUACAGGUAUAGUUUACUUAAUAAGAUUUCCUGCCUUUAGGACUGAUUUGUCUAGGCUCUACUUGUAAUAAUGAUAUUUCUAUGGACUGGUGUGUAGGUUGUCCUUUCGAUAAUGACAGUCCUGAGGACUGACGUGUCAAGGCUCUUCUUCUGAUGAUGACAACCCAUAGGACUGAUGUGUGCAUAUCAUACAUCUGCUAAUUACUGUCCUACAAACUGAUUGUGUCUAGGCUUUACCUAUGAUAAUGACAGCCCUGAGGACUGAUGAUGAUUGUAGACUGUACAUAUGAUAAUAACAGCCCUGAGGACUGAUGUGUCUAGGCUGGCUAUACUUAUGAUAAUGACAGCCCUGAGGACUGAUGUGUCUAGGCUGUACUUAUGAUAAUGACAGCCCUUAGGACUGAUGAUGAUUGUAGACUGUUCUUAUGAUAAUGACAGCCCUGAGGACUGAUGAUGAUUGUAGACUGUACUUAUGAUAAUGACAGCCCUGAGGACUGAUGUGUCUAGGCUGUACUUAUGAUAAUGACAGCCCUUAGGACUGAUGAUGAUUGUAGACUGUUCUUAUGAUAAUGACAGCCCUGAGGACUGAUGAUGAUUGUAUACUGUACUUAUGAUAAUGACAGCCCUGAGGACUGACGUGUCUAGGCUGUACUUAUGAUAAUGACAGCCCUGAGGACUGAUGAUGAUUGUAUACUGUACUUAUGAUAAUGACAGCCCUGAGGACUGACGUGUCUAGGCUGUACUUAUGAUAAUGACAGCCCUUAGGACUGAUGAUGAUUGUAGACUGUACUUAUGAUAAUGACAGCCCUGAGGACUGAUGAUGAUUGUAUACUGUACUUAUGAUAAUGACAGCCCUGAGGACUGACGUGUCUAGG